AUGAGUGAAAGUCAACAUCCGCGGCCAAUGCCGGCCCACGCCGACGAGUACAUGGAGAAGGACCGAGACGGAGUGGUCCACGAUGUGAGCGAUAACUUGUUCAACAAGUCGGAGCAUAAUGCGGGUGCAACAUCAGACAAGGAGGCCCAGGCGGGCGUCCUGGAAGUUGAGGCCAUCGCCACGGUUUGGUCCAAAACGAGCCUCAUAGUCGCCUACGUACUGAUUUGGAUCGUCUACUUUAUCAUGCUGACGCAACAGGCUGCCGAGGCCGCCCUGAAUCCCUUUGUGACUUCGGCUUUCCAACAGCAUUCUCUCACGCCCACCGUCGGCAUCCUCAGCAGCAUCUUUGGAGGAGCGUGUAAUCUGACGGUUGCCAAGAUACUCGACGUGUUUGGGCGACCUCAGGGCUACAUGACGUCUCUUGCCGUCGUCGCCAUCGGCCUGGCUAUGAUGGCGGCAACUACAAGCGUGGAAAUGUACGCCGCCGCUCAAGUUUUCUGGACCGUUGGAACUGCCGCCUUGCUCUACAGCGUCAACAUCUUUGUCGCCGACACGACGGCGCUGCGCAACCGUGGGCUCAUGACGGCAUUGACUGCGUCGCCCAACAUCGUCACCAUUUGGCUGGGCGGACCGAUCUCGCAAGGCUUCCUCGAGGGUCCUGGUUGGCGCUGGUGCUUCGGCGCCUUCUCCAUCAUUGUGCCUGUCUUGUGUCUCCCUUUGUUUGGCCUGCUGAUGAUGAACUACUUCAAGGCUAAGAAACAGGGCAUCAUCAAACCAAGAUCCAGAUCAAGGACGCCCUGGCAGUCAUUCCUGUACUACUGCCGCGAAUUCGAUGCCAUUGGCCUUCUGUUGAUAACGGCCGGCCUGGCUCUGUUCCUUUUACCCUUCAACCUGUAUACUCAACAGGCCCAGGGGUGGCGGUCGCCGCUGAUUAUUUGUCUGUUGGUUUUUGGUGUCGCUCUCCUUGCCUUGUUUGCCAUAUGGGACAAGUUUUUUGCUCCCGUCACCUUCAUCCCCUACGCACUGUUGCUUGACCGCAACAUGGUCGGCGCCUGCGUACUUGGCUCUGUGCUGUUUAUCAGUUUCUGGUGUUGGAACAGCUUUUUCAGCUCCUACCUCCAAGUGGUCCAAAACCUCAGCGUCACCGAGGCUAGUUACGUCGUCCAAAUAUAUGGCCUCGGUGGUAGUCUGUUUUCGAUUGCCGCCGGCGUAGCCAUUCGCUAUACCGGCCGCUUCAAGGCAAUCACGCUUUACGUCGCCAUACCCAUUUACACGCUGUUCAUGGGGCUCAUGGUCUACUUUCGGGACCCGAGUAUGAGCGUAGGCUAUCUCAUCAUGUGUCAAAUAUUCAUCUCCUUUGCUUCGGGCGUCAUCAUCAUCACUCCGCAGAUUGCCGCCAUGUCCGCCGCAGACCACCAGCACAUUGCAGUUGUCAUGGCUAUCCUAUCCAUGUUCUCGUCUAUUGGCGGCGCCAUCGGUCUUACAGUUGCUGGUGCCAUAUGGCAGGCUGUUUUCCCCGUCAAGCUUGCUGAGUAUUUGCCGCUGGAAGAUCAGCCGAAUCUUAUCAACAUCUAUGCCGCGCUUGAUGUUCAGCUCAGUUACCCGAUAGGAACGCCCACUCGCACUGCUAUUCAGCACGCUUACGCAGACGCCCAGUCUAUGAUGUUGACUGCUGGUACAGCUAUCUGGGCUGUUGGCCUCGCUGCAGUUGCCGUCUGGCGAAACACCGACGUUAAAGACUUGAAGCAGGUCAAGGGACAGGUCAUUUAG